UGAGGAAACUGCUUUACAGACACACCUGUUUUACACACAUCACUCAAACACAGAACCAAGAAACAGGAAACAGGAAACACAUGACUUCAGAGAAACUGAAACUGAAGUGUAGUUGAGCUGUUGUGUGUUGUGUCUCUGUGUUCAUGCAGUAAAAUGGCUGAAGCCAGAAUUUCUCAGGAUGAGUUCAUGUGUUCAUUGUGUCUGGAUCUCCUGAAGGAUCCAGUGGCCAUUCCCUGUGGACACAGUUACUGUAAGAGCUGUAUCACAGGCUGCUGGGAUCAGGAGGAUCAGAUGAGAGUCUACAGCUGUCCUCAGUGCAGACAGACCUUCAGUCCAAGACCUGCUUUAGGUAAAAACACCAUUCUGGCUGAAAUGGUGGAGAAACUGAAGAAGACUAAACUUCCUGCUGACUGUUAUGCUGGAGCUGGAGAUGUGCAGUGUGACGUCUGUACUGGAAGAAAACACAAAGCCAUCAAGUCCUGUCUGGUGUGUCUGAACUCUUACUGUCAGAAUCACCUUGAACAACAUGAGAGUUUCUUUAAAGGAAAGAGACACAAUCUGACUGAAGCCACUGGACGACUGCAGGAGAUGAUCUGCCAGAAACACGACAAGAUCCUUGAGGUUUUCUGCCGCACUGAUCAGAAUUGUAUAUGUGUGCUGUGUAUGAUAGAUGAACAUAAAAACCACGACACUGUAUCAGCUGAAGCACAGAGGACAGAGAAACAGCACCAGCUGAAGGAGACGCAGAGGUCGUUCCAGCAGAGGAUCCAGCAGAGAGAGAAAGAUCUUCAGCAGCUGAGAGAGGCUGUGGAGUCUCAUAAGUGCUCUGCACAGACAGCAGUGGAGGACAGUGAGAGGAUCUUCACUGAGCUCAUCCGCUCCAUUGAGAGAAGCCGCUCUGAGGCCACACAGCGGAUCAGGGAUCAGGAAAAGACUGCAGUGAGUCGAGCUGAAGGACGACUGGAGCGACUGGAGCAGGAGAUCAAUGAUCUGAGGAGGAGAGACGCUGAGCUGGAGCAGCUUUCACACACACAGGAUCACAUCCAUUUCCUGCAGAGUUUCCAGUCUCUCUCAGCUCCUCCUGAAUCUACAGACGUAAAUGACGAUCCCUUCAGUUCUCUCUCCUCUUUUGAUGUUGUGAGAGAAUCUGUCCAUCAGCUGAGAGACAAACUGGAGGAUUUCUGCAAAGAGGAGCUGAAGAAGUUCUCUGACAGAGUCACUUUCACCAACAUUGUUCCCAGAACCAGGAACGACUUCCUACAAUAUUCCCUUCAGCUCAAUCUGGAUCUGAACACAGUGAAUAAAAACCUCCGUCUGUCUGAGGGGAACAGAGUGAUUACUUACACUAACACAGUUCAGCCGUAUCCUGAUCAUCCAGACAGAUUUGAUUGGUAUCUUCAGGUGUUGUGUAGAGAGAGUGUGUGUGGACGCUGUUACUGGGAGAUUGAAAGGAGUGGCAAUAUUAGUGUGUUUAUAUCAGCGUCAUAUAAGAGCAUCAGCAGGAAGGGACGGGGUAAUGAGUGUUUGUUUGGAUCUAAUGAUCAGUCCUGGAGUUUGUCUUGCUCUUCCUCCAGUUACUCAUUCAUACACAAUAAGAUAAAGACUGAACUCUCUGUAGAGUCCAUCAUCAGCAGUAGAAUAGGAGUGUAUGUGGAUCACAGUGCAGGAACUCUAUCCUUCUACAGCGUCUCUGGAGACACAAUGAGCCUCAUCCACACAGUCCAGACCACAUUCACUCAACCGCUCUAUCCUGGGUUUGCUUUUGGUUCUGGAUCAUCAGUGAAACUGUGUUGAUGAAUCAGAAUAGACUGUAGAGAGAGUAAUAAAGCCUUUCUGAAGCGAAGUGAUGCACUUGUGUUGCACAAGUUAUGAAGUCAAAUAUCGACCUUCCAUAUUCAACGUGUGCAGAAAGUGUAAAACUUUUGCAGUUUGCAAAGCUUACGCUGCGUCAUGCGCCUUCCCUAUUCAACUUACGGAAAAUGUGUAACUGACGUGACGCCAGUUUACACUUUCUUUGUAACGUGAGAUUUUUUUGUAAAAUUGAUAAAUGUCAAUUUAUUAUUAAAUGUAAAAUAUAUAAACAGAUCAUCUGAUAAUACUGUAAACUCUUGAUCAGUGAAAGUAUGAGCACAAUUAUUAUAAUCUAAUCCAGUUUACUUUAAAUAAACCUCCUCCUGAACAGGAUUUACAGAUCUGAUGCUCUGAACAACUCUGAGAAAAGAUAAAAACAUCAAGGAUUGAGUCAAAUCAUCAUGAGUUCAAUCCAGAUAACUCAGAAAUAUAUUAGGUAUGAAAGAAGGAAAACUGUAAGCUGAACUCUGAAAUCAGUCCAGAUGAAUCCCAUCAUUACUGUAAAUGUCAGAAUUGUUGGAGUUUCUUUGUUCAGUGGUUCGUGCUGCUUGUCCUGAUCUAGAAAGUAUCCUGACAUGAUAAAACCAUGUUUUUCUACAUGAACUGUGGUAAUACCAUGCUCUGAAUUCAUCAUGUAGUGUUUUGUGAAUAAUGUCAGUGUUUUCUUUCUGUAUCUGUCAUGUGAUCGUCCCGCUGCUGCUCUCAGUGCUGUAAUGAACACAAAUAAUUCAAUAUAUUAAUAUACUUCAGAGCAAAGAGAGUCAAUGAUGAAGUGUUUCAAUAGAGGACGUCAAACACUCAUUAGAUGAGCGACCCAUGUGAUCUAUACAAUGACUUUUGACCUUCCUAAAAGAUGAGCCAGUCUUACUGGAUUAUGACCUCUGUCAGUGUUUCUACAUAUUAAAGAAACCUGCUGUACCUGAAAAACUUCUGAUCUGUUGUAUUCGUCCUAUUGUCUGUAAUUUGCUUCUUUGUUCUUAUUUUAAAAACAAAAAUUAAAUAGCCAAAAUAUCUUUAUUGUGA